UCCCCGUCUUCCGCCGUGGAUCAUCUGCAACGUCCUUCCCAUGAGCCCUACGUUUAUAUGCUCUUUACUCUGAUCACCCUCUCCACCAUGAUCGGGCGUCUCACUCACUACGCAUUCGAUGCGGUGCUCAUCUCUGCCUUUUUGGCUGGUGUCAAGCGUUCCACGGGUCUCACCCCUAGUCUCAAAUCCGAACAGAUCUCCGAGAGCAAGGAAGUGAAGCGCUGGAUCGACAACUACCUCGGAGUCGGCGAGUGGGUGAUGGAUACGUCCGUCGCCGUGAUGGGUUCUUCGAGCUGGUUCGAGCGCCGACGGUGAUCUGUUGUCUUUUUUGAACGACAGGCAAAUGGCAAUUAAUGAUUCCAUCCACAUACUUUCCGACUUGACAUUCAACUGAGGCGGUGUGAGAUGUGGGCACACAUCAUGGCUGGACUUACGUGUGACGACCUACUCCUCUCUCGCCCCCUGGGCUUCUCCGCUUCUCCAGCCUCAUCUUCAGAGUUACGGCGUCUUUGGCUCUUCUCGUUCUGUGCGAUACCUAUCAACUCUCUGUAUCUAUUCCACUACGCUCAUACGC